AUGAAUUGGAUAAUGGAGCUGUUCGCUAUGGCCCGGGAGGAGCAUACCACUUUGUUAGCCAACCGUGGACUUGGUAAUUUGUCUCCCGAACAGACACAAGCUCUCGAGCGGUUUAAUUUCCCUCUACUUCGCAUUCACUACCGAUACUUCCCGCCAGUGGUCACGAUUGCUUUCAUGUCACUAAUUGCAACCGUCUGCUCAUUCCUCAUCAUCACGUACCGACUUGUUUUCUGGCGAAGAUUUUCUGCGACCUACCUCGGUUAUAAUCAAUAUGUCAUCCUCAUUUACAACCUGAUUAUCGCAGAUAUGCAAACUGCUGGUGGUGCUAUCAUGACACUCCACUGGUACCGGGUCGGCCAUAUCGCAGGGAGUUCAAGUACCUGCAUCAUCCAAGGAUGGCUAUUCCAAGAAGGGAUUCCAACCAGUGGUUUAUUCGUCCUGGCAAUCGCAAUACACACCUUCAUCACUGUCGUACUGGGUCGAAAAUUAAAAUACCGGACAUUUGUGUGCUGCGUGAUUGGGAUCUGGGUGUUUGCUCUGUUCAUCACUGUGUUACCUAUGUUAGUGGCAGGGAAACAUGCAUAUGCAAAUUCCGGUGCCUGGUGUUGGAUCACUGCAAACCGUGAGGACUUGAGAUUGGGGACUCAUUAUAUUUGGGUCUUCAUUUCACAAUUUGGAAGCGUUACCAUCUACAUCAUCCUCUUCUUCUAUUUACGCCAAAAGGUCGCUGUAUCCGCGUCUCUUACCCAAAGGUCCCAAGAGAAGCUAUCCCGUCUAAGGCGCGUUGUCAGGCUCAUGAUUCUCUAUCCUAUCGCCUACGUCUUCCUGUCGUUACCCAUUGCAGCCUCUCGAAUGGCUACUGCAGCCGGUGCAAAACCUUCAUUUACCUAUUACAUUAUCUCGGCAAUGAUAAUGUCAGCAUCUGGGCUUAUUCACACAAUUAUUUAUGCGGUUACCCGGCGAUCAUUGAUCUUGAACUCUGAAGCCACUACUCAACACAAAGGCGGAUACGGCCCUUCGUCAGCGAAUCAGGAUAGCAAUUCUCCAAGGGACAUUGAAAACACUGCCUGCACUACGCUUGUUAGCAGUGAGCCGAUAUCACCAAGCAGUCCGGUUAGCAUGUACAAGCGGAUGUACUCUCGGAUAAACGGCACCUCAAGCCCAGCACCGGGCGAGCAACAAUAUGAAAUGAACGGUGUUUAUCAGCAGACUACAAUCUCCGUCACAACAACUACCUUACCACCAACUAGAGGAGGUCUUCCGCCCACUCGAGGAGGUAAAGAAGAUACAUCAUCUGUGGGGACUGGAGAUAGUCCGAGGUCACCAUACGGGCCUUGA